AAACUGUGGAAACACAAUCACACACAGAGGCUAAAAGCGUGGAUAUCAUGCAGUUACAUGAAACUGCAUUAUUUCUAGCUGAUAAACACUCGAGCCGCCUCUCCUCUUACCCGUCUUGGUGUGUUCUCCCGUCUUGUGUGUAAGCAAAGGGGGACUGGAUUCAGAGAGGGGGGCGACAACAGUCAGGAAUGUUUCUUCCGGUUCCACUCAGCGUAAAAAACGAACUAAAGCUCAUGUGGUCCUUGUAGUCAGUCUGCGACCCGACACCUUUGCCUCCACUGCUUUUGCCUCACUGGAUGUUGCACGACACACCUCUGAGACUCCCUCUGGUUCCCCCCACUUGCUGGACAAACCACUGAGAGUGCUCUGCGCCUGGAGAAGUGCAGCCAACUUCUGACAGCCUGUAUUAGGCUUUGACUGAACCUUUGAGUCUUUUUCCUCUUUCUGUUUCCUUUACUUUGAAGUAUUUCCACCCAAUCAUUACUACCAGACCAGCCCCUUGCUGUUUGCUUCAUUGUAGAAGCAGGUGUUAAUUUCUCUCCUCGGAGAGAAGGAUCAACCAGUAUCUCCCCAACUGGCCCCCUAUUGGUGCUGCUUGAGAGGGGGAGGGAGGGGAAGGAGAGGAGUGGACUCUGUGCAGUCCAUUAUUUUUAACUGGAGAUGAAGCUGCAAGCUGUCAUGGAGAACCUGCAUAGGCAGCAGAGGGCCAAGCUGCUGAUGGAGCAGCAGUUACAGCUACAGCAGCAGGCUGCAGCUCAACACACACAAGUGCGUACAGGUGGAGAAGGAGGGGGCGAACUGAUGGGCAGCCCAGUCACUGAAGCAGAAAAGGCCCAGAUGGCAGCGCUCGCAGCCAUGCGUGCUGCAGCGGCCGGGCUGCAGAGGGUGUCAGACAGCCCCAUGUCGGACCGUAGCAGUGGUGGUGAAGAUGAUGAUGUUGAUGAUGACGAUGACGAUGAUGACAAUGAAGAACGGGAGGAGCACUACAAGGACAUGAUGGGCUCAGAUGAGGAAGAGCAGAUCAAGCGGAAAUGGGACGAGGAUGACUUUGAAGGUGAGAUGGAAGAAGACUUUGAUGAUGACCUCAGGGACGAAGGUCUGCCAACAGGGCAUGAUGCUGUCGCUCCAGGGAAAGGGAUUCUCCUGCUGCCUCACCGCCAGCUCCACCCUCACACUCAGCUGCUGAAGGCCCGUCCCACCGUGGACCAGGAGCCCCGCGUUGCUAUCCUGCCUCUCCACGCUUCUCACAGCCAUCUGGGCGGACAGGACCAUGGGGAAUGGACCUACGAAGAACAGUUCAGACAGCUGUACGAACUGGACGGAGACCCAAAGAGAAAGGAGUUUUUGGACAACCUCUUCAGCUUCAUGCAAAAACGCGGAACUCCUGUGAAUCGAAUUCCAAUUAUGGCCAAACAGGUCUUGGAUCUGUAUAUGCUCUACAGGCUGGUGACGGAGAAGGGUGGUCUGGUGGAGGUCAUCAACAAAAAGCUGUGGAGGGAGAUCACCAAGGGACUCAACCUGCCUACCUCAAUCACCAGCGCAGCCUUCACCCUUCGCACACAAUACAUGAAGUACCUGUACCCAUACGAAUGUGAUAAGAGGGGUCUGAGCAACCCCAACGAGCUCCAGGCAGCCAUCGACAGUAACCGGAGAGAGGGUCGACGACAGAGCUUCGGGAGUUCGCUUUUCACCUACUCACCCAAUGGAACGCCCACCAUGCUGUCCUCACCCAAGAUCCCCACAUCAGGUGUGGGCCUGACAGUGGCCACCAACGGUGCCUCAAUGACCCCUAUCCAGAAAAUCAAAAAAGAGGAGGGAGGUCAGCCACUGCCUGGCCUCGGUAUGCCUCGUCUACCUGUGGGGGCGCUGGCGGGUCACUCGGUAGCUGCCGUGCAGGCAGCGGCAGCUCAGGCGGCCAUGGCGGCUCAGGUGGCAGCUCUGGAGCAUCUGAGGGACAAGCUGGAGGCUGGAGAACCUCCAGAGAAGAAGAUGGCACUGCCGGCCGAGGAACACCACAGACUACUGCAAAGAGCUUUGCAGCACAACCUGCUGGCCAUGACUGCCCAGAUCCCCAUGAACAUCCGCAUCAACAACCAAGCAGAUAGCAGACAGGACUCGGCUCUCAACCUCACUACUAACGGGACAGGCAGCAUCAGCAUGUCUGUGGAGCUCAACGGCGUCAUGUACACUGGCGUACUUUUUGCUCAGGCAGCGACAGGGGCAACCUCGUCUGCUGUGUCUGGAUUGUCUCUCUCCCACACACCUGCCGGUGCUCAUGCUCCUCCUCCUCAGCAGCAGCAGCAGCAGCAGCAGCAAAACACACCUACCUCAACCUCCAACAACUCUGUGUCUUCGUAAACCUCCAGACUCUCUGCUUCAUUCGUUGUUUGUUUUUUUUAAUUACCAUGCUAAGUCAAGCCAAAAACAAACAUCAUUUUCUACUCGCUGAUGCCAAAAAAAAGAGAAGACCCCAGAAAUGGCGCAGGAAGAUGCAACCGUAAACUCGGAUCACUUGAAGUACACUAUCUCAGGUUUCUUCACUUACAAACUCACCUCUUUUGUUUUUCGUAGCCAAAAUAACUCUGGAAACAAAAAGUCCUAACUAAGAGUCAGUAUAUGCUCAACAAUGCACAUCAGUCAGUUAUUUAUUUAUGCAAAAAUGUACAGCUUAUCAGGGAACAAAGGAGAAAACAAUAUUUAGAAAGGGCAACAACAAACUUUUUUUUUUUUACACACAAACACAGCUACUGACUGACAGUAACGUUUUUUUUCUCAAGAUUUUGUUUAUUUUAUUUGAUCUUUUCGAUGACAUCGAUAUUAUUAUUGUUCUCUAUUGUGUUAAUCAUUUAAAUCGUUAAUAAUCUUCCCACUGCAGGAGAAAAAAAAGUUUAUAUAUUUAGAAUUCUAUAAAAAAAAGACAAUAUUAAUAUUCUCUAUUUUUAAUCAGAAUAGCUUUAAAGGUAUAUAUUGUUUCUUCAGGGCAUAUAACAAUGUACCGCUGUGACCUCAUUUUGUGUAUAAGAACCUUAUUCACGUGGCAGCCAGUUUGUUUCUCUGUGGAAGAGCGAUCGGUGCGAACCUACCAAAACCUUACGGUCACCCAACAUAAAACACGUGGAUCUCCAUAUAUUUGCAUGAAUGAUUCUGAAUAAUGAAGAUAUCUGAGGAAGCAGCUCAGCUUCCUGCUGCGUCUGUGCACUU